UAAUAUGAUUAGGUGUAUAUUGUGAAUGUAAAUGUAAAAUUACUCGAAUUAGUUAUUAUAAUUUAUUUUAUGUUUAUACAACAACAAAGUGUCCGACUCCUAUUACUAAAUUUAUUUUGUAUAUAAAUUAUUGAAUUAUAGAAUACGUGCAGAAUCAUGAGUGGAGCAUAUACACCUGGUACUGUUCCUACAGCACCAUAUGGAUGGAAUCAGCAGACAAGUGUUUCACCAGCAAGUCCUUACACCCCACAACCCGAAUUUGUAAAAGCACCAUAUGAACUUAUUACUACUGUUGUUCCUGUUGGCCCCCACAGUACCCGAAUGGUCUGCUCCAAUUGUCGGAAAGAGAUAACUACAAAAAUAAAUAAGAAACCGAGUACAAUGGCUUAUAUAAGCAGUUUAUUGUGUUGUGUGUUUGGAUGUUUCUGGGGUCCAUGUUUAAUACCAUUUUGUAUGGAUCAAUGUUUAAAUGUUGAACAUAAAUGCCCUAAAUGUGAAGUUUAUUUAGGGCAGUAUAUACGAUAAAUUGAGUAUAUUUUUACAAAAAGCUUGAUAAAUGUUCAAAUUAACCAACAGUUGUUACUUACAAAACUUGUAUACUAAUGCUUACUCAAUGAGGCAGCUGGUUUGAUUAUUCAAAAGACAUUAUGUAUACUUUUACUAACAAUUAUUGUCUUCGGUGACUUGUAAUUAUGUGCCUUAUAGUAUUAUUGGAAAUGUAAAAUCUCUAAAACUACUUAUAAAUUAAACAAAUUUUGUAAUAUCACAUUAGAAUGUAGUUACCUCAUAUCAAUAUUAAUUAUAAAAGUUUUAAUGUUAUCUGUUUAUAUUUUUAUUAUUUUAUAUUAUUAUAAUGUGUUGUUUGUUUGUUUUUAUUAUAUUUAUUAAUUAUUCUUGUUAUGACUAAUAAAACAAUUUUCGAAGACUA